CGUCAGUGCCGGCCGGCCCCAAAUGGCUCGGUGAACGCUCGGAGGCAGGCGGCCGUGUGCGUGUGUGAGUGUGAGGGUGUGUGAGCCAUGUCGCGCAGUGUGAACAGUGACUAUGGUGUGCUGCCCGCGAGGGGCAUCCUGCGUAAGAAGCAGGCUGGUGAACAGAAACAGGGCAGCGUCUGUGGACAGAGCGAUACAGCGCUGCUAGAACGGCCCGGCAAAAAGGCGCCCAGCGCAGAGGCACAAGCCCAGGCGUACUACCGACAAGGCGUGGCGCUCCAGUGCAUGGGUCGCCAUGGCGAGGCGCUGGCGGCCUUCAGCCAGGGCCUGGCGCAGGACCCCAAGUCGAUGCAGCUGCUCUCCGGCCUGGUGGAGGCCGCCAUGAAAUCGCCACUUAGAGCGACCCUGGAGCCGACCUACCGGCAGCUGCAGGCGAUGCGGCUCGACAUGUCGCCGUUCGUCAUCAUCUCCGUCAUCGGCCAGGAGCUGCUGGCCGCCGGCAAGUACAGUGCCGCCGUGGUGGUGCUCGAGUCGGCGCUCAAGAUCGGCACCUGCAGCCUGAAGCUGCGGGGGAGCGUCUUCUCGGCUCUGUCGUCCGCCUACUGGGCGAUGAACUCGCUGGAUAAGGCUAUCAGCUACAUGCAGCAGGACCUGAGCGUGGCCAAGUCUCUGGGCGACAUUGCCGGAGAGUGUCGGGCGCACGGCAACCUCGGCUCGGCCUACUUCAGCAAGGGGAACUUCAAGGAGGCGCUGACGUCGCACCGCUACCAGCUGGUGCUGGCCAUGAAGUGCAAGGACACGCAGGCGGCGGCGGCGGCACUCACCAGUCUCGGCCACGUGUACACCGCCAUCAGCGACUACCCGAACGCGCUGGCCUCGCACAAACAGUGCGUCCAGCUGGUGCGACAGCUGGGUGACCAGCUGCAGGAGGCGCGCGAGAUUGGCAACGUGGGCGCCGUCUACCUGGCCAUGGGCGACUUCGACAACGCCGUGGACUGUCACAUGGAGCACCUGCGCAUCUCCAAACAGUUGGGCAACAAGGUGGAGGAGGCGCGCGCCUUCAGCAACCUGGGCAGCUCGCACCACUACCGGCGCAGCUUCGACCAGGCCAUCACCUUCCACCAGCAAGUGUUGCGCAUCGCCCAGCAGCUGCGCGACCGCACCAUCGAGGCGCGCGCCUACGCCGGCCUCGGGCACGCGGCGCGCUGCCUGGCCGACUACUCGCAGGCCAAGAAGUGGCACGAGAAGCAGCUGGACAUGGCGCUCAGCACCAAGGACCGCACGGCCGAGGGCCGCGCCUGCUCCAACCUGGGCAUCGUGUACCAGCUGCUGGGCGACCAUGACGCCGCGCUGAAGUUGCACCAGGCGCACCUGAACAUCGCGCGCCUGCUGCAGGACCGGGCCGGCAUGGGCCGCGCCUACGGCAACAUCGGUAACGCCUACAGCUCCAUGGGCUACUACGAGCAGGCCAUCAAGUACCACAAGCAGGAGCUGACCAUCAGCAAGGAGGUGAACGACCGCAGCAGUGAGGCGUCCACCCAUGGCAAUCUGGCGGUGGCCUACCAGGCGCUGGGCAUGCACGAGAUGGCACUGCUCCACUACCUGAGCCACCUGAACAUCGCCAGGGAGCUCAAGGACACGGCCGGGGAGGCGUGCGCGCUCUGCAACCUGGGCAACUGCCACAGCUCGCGCGGCGAGUUCGCGCUGGCCGUGCCCUACUACGAGCAGUACCUGAUGCUCUCCCAGGAGCUGCAGGACGUCGAGGGCGAGGCGAAGGCGUGCCAUUUCCUCGGCUACGCCCACUACUGCCUGGCUAACUACAGCGAGGCGGUGCGCUACUACGACCAGGACCUGGCACUCGCCAAGGACCUGCAGGACAAGAUGAGCAUGGGACGCGCCUACUGCAACCUGGGCCUGGCGCACGCCGCGCUCGGAAACUACGAGAAGGCCCUCGAGUGCCAAAAGUUCUUCCACGCGAUCGCGCACAUGAUGAAGCACACGCAGGGCACGUUCCGCGCUCUGGGCAACAUGGGCGACGCGCUGAUGAAGAUGGCCCAGUUUGACGAGGCGGUGCCCUACUACCACAAGCAGCUGGCGGCGGCCAAGCAGAGCCGCGACCGGCCCCUGGAGGCGUGCGCGUACGGCGCGCUCGGCAUGGCGCACCGCGUGCUCCGCCAGUUCGACAAGGCGCUCGGCUUCCACACUCAGGAGCUGACGAUUCGCCAGGAGAUGGCCGACCUUCGCGGCGAGUGCAAGGCGCACGGACACCUGGGCGCCGUGCACAUGUCGCUGGCCAACUACACAAACGCCAUCAAGUGCUACGAGGAGCAGCUGGACAGGGCGAAGGAUCUCCGGGACGCCAUUAUGGAGGCCCAGGCGUUCGGUAACCUGGGUAUCGCGCGACUCAACAUGUCCCACUUCGAGGACGCCAUCGGCUACUUUGAGCAGCAGCUGGCCACCCUGGAGCAGAUCCCCACGGGCGCCGCCCUCAUGGACAAGGCGCGCUCCUUCGGAAACCUGGGCGACUGCUACGACGCCAUCGGCGACUACGAGGAGGCCAUCAAGUGCCACGAGCAGUUCCUCAGCAUCGCGCUGAAGCUGAAGUCGACCAAGGACCAGGAGCGGGCGUACCGUGGUCUGGGCGGCAGUCACAAGAGCCUCGGCAACCUCCAGCAGGCGCUGGUCUGCUACGAGAAGCGACUAGUCGUCUCGCACGAGGUGCACAACCCGCAGGCCAAGGCGUCCGCUUACGGAGAGCUUGGGGACAUCCACGGCAAACUGGGUAACUUCGAGCAGGCCAUCUCGUGUCUCGAUCAUCAGCUCAACAUCGCCAGAGAGCUGGAGGACGCCGUCAUGGAGGCCGAGGCCGCCAGCGGUUUGGGCUGCGUCCACCAGCAGAUGGGCGACUUCCAGGCGGCGCUCGAGUUCCACCAGCUGGACGCGGCCAUCUCGGGACGUUCGGGACACGCGGCCGGUCAGGCGCGGGCGCACGGUAACCUGGGCGCCGCGCACGAAUCGCUCGGCAGUUUCGAGCAGGCCGUCACCCACCUGGAGCAGCAGCUGAGCGUAGCCGCCCAGAUUAACGACAAGGCGGCCAAGACGGCGGCCUACGCCAGCCUGGGCCGCAUCCACCACGCUCUGGGUAACACCACGCAGGCGAUCGCCUACCUGCAGCAGGGUCUGCAGAUCGCCGAGCAGCUGAGCCGGCGUGAGGAGGAGGCUCGCCUGCGACACCGGCUCGGCCUGGCGCUCUGGGGCCACGGCGACCUGUCUGGCGCGCAGACCCAGCUGGAGCGGGCCGCCUUCCUGCUGGAGGGUGUGCGCCGCGAGGCUCGCGGCACCAGCCAGCACCGACUGGGGCUGUACGAUCUCCAGACGGCCGCCUUCCAGGCACUCCAGCGAGUACUGGUCUCCCUGGGCUGUCACGACGAGGCGCUGGUGGUUGCCGAGCGAAGUCGGACGCGGGCCUUCGCCGAUCUGCUACUGGAGCGCUCAAACAGCGGCUUCAGCAGCAGCCGCUUCACGCGCGUCGACGACAACACGCCCACCUCUGUGGAGCAGAUCGUGGAGGCGGUCGGCCGCCAGAAGGCCACCGUCCUCUACUACAGUCUGGCGGCCGGCUUCCUCUACAGCUGGCUCAUCGUGCCCGGCCGCGGUAUCGUCAAGUUCCACCAGAUCAACGUCAGUGAGACUGAGGCGCAGCGUGACGACGGCGGCACGUCUGCGGACAGCUCGGGCACCUCUGGCACGCUGCUCGAGUCCUACAUCCGGUCGGUGCGCGAGGCGCUGGGCGUUGAGCUGCAGACGGCCGGCAUGGCGAGAUCGGAAGACACCGACGCGGGAGACAUGUGGCAGCAGCACCUGGAGGAGCUCGGCGACCGGCUCAACCAGGAGGGCGACAAGACCGGCUUUCUGCGCAUGGUCAACCGCAACCACGUGUGCAACUCGUCCAACUACAGCCUGAGCAGCAUGUUCAGCGCCUUCUCGUGCAGCCUGGGCAGCGUGACGGGCUCGAUGGCCAGCGGCUCCCAGAGUCGCGCUGGAUCGGUCCGCUCGCGUCGCGCCGCCUGGCAGGGCCCGCAAUGUCUGCGCUCUCUGUACGAGCUGCUGAUCGCGCCCAUGGAGGAGCACCUGCCGUCCAGCGCUUACCCGCGCGACCUGAUGCUGGUGCUCGAGGGUGACCUGUACCUGGUGCCGUUCCCGGUACUGAAGGGUCCCGACAGCAGUGAGUUCCUCUGCGAGCGCUACAACCUGAUCCUGGUACCUUCCAUCAGCACGCUGCGUACCAACGGGCGCUCGUCGCGCGCCGCCAAGACGAGCGGCGAGCACACCUCGGCGCUGGUGGUGGGCAACCCGCGCCUGCCGUCGGCGCUCAGUGAGCAGUGGGGCUGGACCGACAUCCCGUACGCCGAACAGGAGGCCAACAUCGUGGCCGAGAUGCUGCAGACGGAGCCGGUGACGGGCGCGGCCGCCUCCAAGGAGGCGCUCCUCCAGCAGCUGGCCCAGAUGGAGUGCAUCCACUUCGCCACGCACGUGUCGUGGAAGCUGUCGGCGGUGGUGCUGUCGCCCGGCGAGUUCGUGGACGCGCGCCACUCGAAGCGGCCGCCGUCGCUGCAUGGCUCUCAGGCGGACUCGCUGCAGGAGGACGACCAGUCGGAGGCGGCCUCCACCAGCGACCUACCGCCGCUCUCCGAGUUCCUGCUCACCGCCGCCGACAUCCUCAGCCUGAAGCUGACCGCAAAACUGGUGGUGGUGAGCUCGUGCCACACGCGCGACCACCACGGCCGCGCCAGCUCGGACGGCGUGGUGGGUCUGACGCGCGCGCUGCUCGCCGCCGGGGCUCAGUGCGUGCUCGUCUCGCUGUGGCCGGUCACAGACACUGCCGUCAAGAUCCUCUACCGCACGUUCUACUCAUCGCUGCUCCAGGGGGCCCGAGUCAGUCGCGCGCUUAACGACGCCAUGCAGACUGUGCAGAACACGAAGCACUUCGCGCACCCGGCCAACUGGGCGGGCUACCUGCUGGUGGGCACGGACGUCAAGCUCACCAACAAGGUGGCGCUGAUGGGGCAGGCGCUGUGCGAGCUGCUGCAGCAGCCGGACAAGUGCCGUGACGCGCUGCGCGUCACACUCCACCUCAUGGAGAAGUCUCUGCAGCGCAUCCACCGCGGCCACAAGAACGCCAUGUACACCACCCAGAAGUCGAUCGAGAGCAAGGUGAACGGUCUGAGCGGCUGGAAGGAGCUGCUCAUCUCGGUGGGCUUCCGGUUCGAGCCGGCCGCCAACGGGAUCCCGAGCUCUGUGUUUUUCCCGCAGUCGGACCCGGGCCAGCGGCUGACCCAGUGCUCGGCCAGUCUGCAGGCGCUGCUCGGCCUGUCGCCCGCCUCUCUGUCGGCGCUGUGUAAGCUGCUGGCGCACCGCGACCAGGCCGAGGAGGUGAUCGGCGUGAUCCGCGGCCUGCUCGGCCAGCCGGCCGCCGCCACAGACACCGACUCGGACACCAUCGAGACCACCGUCAGCGUCCGGCUGUGGAGGGUCAGCGGCUGCCACGAGCUGCUCGCCUCGCUCGGGUUUGAUUUAAUGGAAGUCGGAAGAGACGAAGUCCACCUCAGGACCGGCAAGAAUGCCAACAAGCGCCAUAUCCAGUUCGCCCUACAGGCCCUGCUAGCUUUAUUUGACACGCAAGAGGCACCGAAGAGUCUGGAGAUUGAGUUCUCGUCGUCUGCCGACACAAGUGACGAGGAGAGCGACGACGAGCUGCCGCCACCGCCGGCCGCCGACCCGUCCCCAUUCGGCCCGGCGCCGCAGCGACCGCUCGUGCUCGGCUCGGGCGCCUUCAGCAGCUACGUGCGCCGCCGCGGCGAGCCAGACGGCGCGCGCAGUAGCACCCUCGACCACCCGCCGCACCCCAAGGGGCGCGAGAGUGACGCGGCAUUCACCCCCAGCCCGGUGGACGCCGUGCAGAAGGGGCUGCGGAGCGUGCGGAGCCAACACCCCAGCCCGGCCGAGACGGGCUCGCCGCAGCCGAGCCCGCGGCUCAGUCUGACGCUGAGCCACCAGAACAAGAUCCGCUCGCUGUACAGCGGCGAGCGGCGGCCGGACAGUUCCAGCAGCGCCAGCAGUAUGGCUGACUGGGAGAACGGACAGGCCACCACCCGGCGGCAGACGGUCGCCGCGCCGGCGCCGGCCGCGCCGCCGCCGCCGCCCCUCCUCAACCGCGCUGUGGCCGACGUCAGCGCCGGCCUGAACCGCGGCGCCCGGCUGCUCCAGAAGACGGGCUCGCACGCCAGCUCCGGGUUCGAGUCGCAGAGCUCCGACUCAGACCUGGGCCCACGGCGCGCGCCCGGCACCGUGCGGCCCGUGCGCAGCGUCUACAAGACGGCCGGCGCGUCCACCACGCUCAAGCUGAACCACGCGGCCGUCGGUGGGCAGCUGGACAAGCUGAGCGUGCGUACUGAGCUGCGGAGGCCGGCGCCCUCCAGCGCUGCCCCCGCGGCCGCCGGCGCCGCCGCUCCUGCGCCGACGGCGACGCAGCGCGCUCGGCGGGACCGCUCCAACGAGCGGCAGCUGGCCGGCGGGCGGCAGCAGCGGCCGGCCGCCGGUCCCGUCGACGACCUGAUGCGCGGCGCCGACGAGCUGGGCGGCGCAGGAAAGGGCCUCGGCCACAAGAGCAUUCAGGACCACAUCAUCGCCACCCAGAUGAGCCGUCUGCGAGAACUACCCAUCACGGACGUCUACCACGAGCGCAGCAUCGGCCUGGGCCUGGCGCCGCCGCUCUCUAAGCUGCUCAUGUCGGCGCACGAGCGCGGAGUGGACGUGGACGCCGCCGGCGGCGCCUCGGACGAGUUCGGUGGCUUCGACAAGCUGUCCGUGUCGGGCGACAGUGUGGCCGCCGGCCCCACCAAGCCCGACUUCAAACCGAAGGCGCCGCCGGUGCCGCCGAAGCGCGUCGGUCCCAAGCCGUGGUCGGGGCCGCACCCGCACCAGGGCUCGCUGCUCGAGCAGCUGGCGGCCGGCAGCUGCAAGUCGUCACCGUCGGGCAGCAGCGACCUCUCGCGGCGGGACGACGGCGACGGCCGCUCCAUGACCGACUCCAACUACUCGAGCUACUCGCCGUCGCAGCCGCGCGGCGGCGAGCUCUCCUUCUACGCGGCCGCCGAGGUGCACCGCGACGCGGCCGCGCUCAGCCGCGUGGCCAGCAAGGAGCACCUGCUGGCGGCCGGCGCCGGCGGCGACGCGUUCGGCGUGUUUAACCCGUGCUUCGAGCCCGAGUCGCAGGGGAUCUCUGUGAGCACGCGCCACCAAACGGAUCAGAUAGCCGAGUACAUGGACCAGGUGCUGGGUGGCAAGGACGAGGCCGACCGGGCCAGGACACUGCGGCGGCCUGCCAAACUGGCCUGGGCCAAACAGAAGGCGGCUGGCCAGAAGGGUCUCACCCAGACGGGCCACCCGCCGGCAGAGUGCUAGCUGCCGUCGUGACAUGUGCCUUGUGUGACGCUCGUUCGAUGUUAUAUUCAUGUGAGCUCAAGUGCCUAUGCGAUGUUUCUCGCGUGCGAUAUUUUAUUUUGUUGUGAUGAGUGUACGGGGACCCGCAGUUGCUACUGUACACGAACCCCAACUCUAGCCGUCUGUCCUGUCCAGUAACAACCGAUAACAUUGAUAUCCGACUGCCGGUCCCUGUGUAAGAGCAGCUGAAAUUUUCUGUGCGUGCCCUCUGACAGCUUAUUUUUGUUCCCUGUGAGUGUGCUGGGACAAUUUACUCAGGGUCGCUGUACAGUAGCAACUGCGGGUCCCCGUACGAAAUAUCGAGUUGCCAAAUGUGUGGCUGGUCACCACCGUACUCACUUCAUGCCCGCUGUUUGUGUCGUGAUAUGUACGGCGGUUGUGCUGCCAUCUAUAUGUUGAGAUUGCUAACUUGCUGUAUGAUAUCGUACAAAUUCAUGCCUGCCCAAUAAACCCUCGUGGGGUUUCA